GUGUGUGUCACCCCCUCAGCAUCUGCAGCCCGGCCGGGCCUGUCCCCCCAGCACCCACCGGGGCUCCCCCCAGUCACCGGUCGCCGCACACAGCGGGGAAUGACAGUGAGUCACCAUGAUGGAAGGACUGAAGAAACGUACAAGGAAAGCGUUCGGAAUACGGAAGAAAGAGAAGGACACGGAUUCUACGGGAUCACCUGACAGGGAAGGCAGUAAGAAGUCCAAUGGCGCUCCUAACGGAUUCUAUGCAGAGAUUGACUGGGAACGAUAUAAUUCCCCCGAAUUGGAUGAGGAGGGCUACAGCAUCAGACCUGAUAUGGAACCAGGCGAUAUCAACAAAGGCAGGCAUUUUUACUCGUCGAGCGAGUCGGAGGAAGAGCAGGAGUCGCGCAAGAAAUUUAAUAUUAAGAUAAAGCCUUUGCAGGCCAAAGACAGCCUGAAGUGCGCGGCAACCGUGGACGAGCUGAAAGCGUCCAUCGGGAACAUCGCCCUCUCGCCGUCUCCUGUGAGGAAAAGUCCGAGGCGCAGCCCGGGCGCAAUUAAAAGAAAAACAUCAAGUGAAGAGAUUGCGCGACCAAGGCGCUCGACCCCGACAGCUGAGCUUGUAAGACGUUCCACGCCAACAGCCGAGCUUGUAAGACGUUCCACGCCAACAGCCGAGCUUGCGAGCAAGAAGACCCCAGGGGAUUUGUUUGGGCCUCCUCUAGAAUCUGCGUUCGAUGAGACAAAGCCUGAAGUUUCACUAGAUCCGUCAGAAAUAUGGGGAGCCCCUCCGAUAAGCACCCCCGAUGCAGAGUCUCCAAAGCUGCCUCGUCCCUUCCCGACUGGGACUCCUCCCCCCAUCCCACCAAAAAAUAUUCCUGCCACGCCACCCAGAACUGCUUCGCCACCUGCUUCGCCACCGGCGGCAACAGAAAUCGACACAAACGAAGUCGAAGAGGAGGAACUUUCUUCAAUCAAUGACUUGGACAACAUCUUUGGCCCGGUAUUGUCUCCGCAGUCCGUGACUGUUGACUCUGAAGACAAGUGGGUCACAUUCGUUGAUACGUCUCCGGAACAGAUCUCUCCGGAACAGAUCUCUCCAGAACUCCCUUCAAGAAAAACGUCAGAGUCUCCGACCGUGGAAGCAGAGAUCCCCUGUGACGCUCCCGUUGCGGAAACAUCUCGAAAUGUCCCAUCCCCCCUCAAUCUAGAAGAUAUCCAGAAGAAAAUCAUUGACCAAACUUUCCUUAAAGAUGACGUACUGGAAACUGUGGUUUCUCCUAAAGAUUUUGGGUUGGCGCAGAGAGCUACUCCUCCUCCACCCCCACCGCCAACUUACAGAGCGGUCGUAUCUUCUCCCGGACCCAGUUCUGGCAGCGGCAGCAUGAGUGGUACCUCCUCGCCCGCCCGGCCUGCCACCCCUCUUGCGGUCUGCAGUACGACUCCUCCACCCCCUCCUCCUCGUCCACCAUCUAGACCAAAGUUACCUCCUGGAAAGCCUGGCGUUAUGGAUGUGUCUCGGCCAUUCAGCCCCCCGGUGCACUCGUCGAGCCCUCCUCCCGUCGCUCCGCUAGCCCGCGCGGAAAGCACGUCCUCCAUAUCAUCGGCCACCUCCCUGAGCGCGGCCACCACGCCAACCGUUGAGAACGAACAGCCUUCACUCAUUUGGUUUGACAGAGGAAAGUUUUAUUUGACUUUUGAAGGAUCGUCCCGAGGACCCAGUCCGCUGACCAUGGGCGCCCAGGAUACCCUCCCCGUGGCAGCCGCCUUCACUGAAACCGUCAACGCUUACUUCAAGGGGGCCGAUCCCAAUAAGUGUAUAGUAAAGAUCACUGGGGAGAUGGUGUUGUCCUUCCCGGCGGGAAUCACCCGGCAUUUCUCCAACAACCCGGCGCCGGCGGCUCUCACAUUCCGUAUCACCAACUACAGUCAGCUAGAACACGUCCUGCCAAACCCGCAGCUCCUCUGCUGUGAUAACACACAGUGUUCUCCCAACGCUAAGGAAUUCUGGGUCAAUAUGCCAAAUCUGAUGACGCACCUGAAAAAAGUAUCUGAACAAAAACCCCAAGCAACGUAUUACAACGUCGACAUGCUGAAAUACCAGGUGUCUACCCAGGGACUUCAGUCUACUCCGCUGAACCUAGCAGUGAGUUGGCGGAGUGAGCCUACAACCACAGACCUCAGAGUGGAUUAUAAAUACAACCCGGACGCAAUGACUUCGCCAGUCGCUCUGAACAACGUCCAGUUCGUUAUACCCAUCGACGGAGGAGUAACGAAGCCUCAAGCCGUCCUCCCUCCUGCCGUCUGGAAUGCAGAACAGCAGAGGAUAUUAUGGAAAAUCCCAGAUAUUUCCCAGAAAUCUGAAAAUGCAGGUGUCGGAUCUUUGCUUGCCCGGUUCCAGUUAUCGGAAGGUCCCAGUAAACCAGCUCCUCUGGCGGUCCAGUUCACCAGCGAAGGGACCACUCUGUCCGGAUGUGACAUCGAGUUGGUCGGAGGGGGUUACCGGUUCUCACUUGUUAAAAAGAGGUUUGCAGCAGGAAAAUACUUGGCUGACAUUUAGCGGCCGUCUUAACGCGCGAGGACCACCGGCAACACGAGAGCGAAGAUGCGGGUUUUAACUAUAAGCUAAAUGAACAUUGAUUUGGUACUUGGGACAUUUUCUGAGGGGGGGGGGAAGCUGCAGCGACCGGCGUACACGCAUUUUCCUCAGAAAACCUCCACGUUCACCAUUCCUGCAGUAUUUAAUUCUAGAUGUAACAUUGUUCAUGGUUUUAAAAUGUAAUUAUUGUAUUUGUAAAUUGUACUUUAUUCCAGUAAGGCUGUAUUUUGGCAGUUAGAAUCUCUCGUCUCAAUAUUUUACCAUUAAUAAAUGGAUGUAAUUUAAACUGUUAUUUAAGAAAAUAGUAGUACUGUUGAAUGGCAUACUGCUUACCGAGAUAGAUAUUUUUUUCUUUGUGUAUAUAUAGAAUUGAACCUACAAUAUAAAUAGCUGUCACGGGGGAGGGGGGGUGCGCCUUGGGUUUGAGGGUCUUGGGUCGGAGGGUCUUGGAUCGUAGGCUAUGGAGGGAGGUCUCCAGACAUGCAGAUGGGUUAAAACAAAAUGACAUUUGCAUGAUUUAAAGGUGUUCUGGGAAACCAGGAGAUUAGUGAAAUCAAUAAAGUUUUCCAAUACAAACAGGGA